ACCUGUGUUACCAGCAGGAGGGGCUUUUGCGAACAGGCUGCUGGAGGUUUGACUCCUCAGAGGUCGGGGGCCGGUCGGGUUUUCACCAGGUAUUCACCGUGGGGACCUGAGCCUCACGAGAGCAGGAGAUUGACAGGAAGUCGCUGCUCACUUGACCAAUCACACCUCGAGAAGUCCGGCAGGAUGGAGUCCGCAGAGAGGAGCAGGAGAUGACUCUUUCCUCUGACACCUACUGUGUUUGUAGCCACGUUAGCUCCAUCAUUAAGUUAGCCGAGCAGGGGGCAUAAAGGCAGCGGAGCUCUGUCACUUCCACUGUGACUGACGAGCGGUGCAGGCGGUGAACUAAGCAGCUUUUCAGGCGGAUGUUAGCCGGUGGAGAUGUGUAAUAAGCUGCACUGGACACCGAGGACCUCCCUGACUGCCGGUCCAUCGACUGACAGCUGUCACCGCACCUAGCUGCCCGGCUAGCUGGCUAAGUGAGCUAACGGCUUACAAGUGGGGUUUUUUUUGUUCUGGCUCAUUCUGGCUAAUUUAGCCGGCCAGCUCUGAGCUCGCGUUCACAGUGGAAAGGAAGUGACUUCCGCAUAAACGCUCCUGUAUUUUAACAUUUCCUCAGUUACACUUGACUCUGCUGCUCAAACCAUGAGUUAGCCGCGGAGCGUCGGACCGCAGUGUUUGGGAUAUUUUGAGAUCCAGCUCGUUAGCUCGAGUUUAGCUUGAAGCUAGCUAGCGGCGUUCAUUCAAUCAUUGAGAAACUGCUAAAGCGUUAACGCCAGCACGGUGGCUAGCAGGCACUGGGCACAUCCACGCCGAGCCUUUGUUGGGAGGACACUGGUCUACUUUUGGACUUGAUCGAGCUGAGGAUAACAUCUUAGAGACAUGAAGAAAUUUUUUGACUCUCGUCGGGAGUUGGUGAGCACCGGGCCUGGUUCCGGAGCCGGCGGAGGAGGCGCUGGUUCCGGCGGCGGCGGCAGCUUCAUCGGACGCGUCUUCACCAUCGGACGGUAUCAAGUGACCGUGGAGGAAAUUGUCGCAGAAGGAGGUUUUGCCAUAGUUUUUUUGGUGCGGACUCAUCAAGGCGUACGAUGUGCGCUAAAAAGGAUGUACGUCAACGAUGAAGAUGAUCUGCAGGUCUGCAAACUUGAGAUACAGAUUAUGAGGGACCUUGUGGGCAACAAAAACAUUGUUGGUUUCCUGGACUCCAGCAUAACGGCAGUUGGAGCUGGCGAUGUGUGGGAAGUCCUAAUCUUAAUGGACUUCUGUCGAGGUGGGCAGGUGGUCAACCUAAUGAAUCAGCGUUUACAGACGGGCUUCACUGAACCUGAGGUCUUACAGAUCUUUUGUGACACAUGCGAGGCGGUCACUCGUCUCCACCAGUGCAAAAGUCCCAUCAUCCAUCGAGAUCUCAAGGUGGAAAAUAUUCUUCUGCACGACCGGGGACACUACGUGCUCUGUGACUUUGGAAGCGCCACCAACCACUUCCAAAACCCUCAGACGGAGGGAGUGCCAGUCGUGGAGGACGAAAUCAAAAAGUACACCACCCUGUCGUACCGCGCUCCAGAGAUGGUCAACCUCUACGGUGGAAAAGUCAUCACAACAAAGGCCGACAUUUGGGCCAUGGGUUGUCUUCUCUAUAAACUGUGCUACUUCACACUUCCUUUUGGGGAGAGUCAAGUAGCUAUCUGUGACGGCAGCUUCACUAUUCCAGACAUCUCCCGCUACUCCCAGGACAUGCACUGUCUCAUUCGAUACAUGCUGGAACCUGACCCAGAGAAGAGACCAGACAUCUACCAAGUUUCCUACUUUGCCUUUAAACUGGCUCGACGCGAGUGUCCAGUCCCAAAUGUGCAUAAUUUGCCCAUUCCUGCAAAACUUCCUGAGCCGAUCAGAGCCAGUGAAGCAGUGGCCAAAAAGAGUCAAACCAAAGCCAGGCUUUCGGACCCCAUUCAAACCACAGAAACCUCAAUUGCACCUCGACAAAGGCCCAAGGCUGGUCAGGCUCAGCCCCAGCCUAUAGGCAUUCUUCCCAUCCAGCCCGCUCUCACCCCACGCAAGAGGCCCAACGUGGCUGCUGGAGGGCCCCAGGCCAUAGGUGUUGGCAUCAAUGUCCCAUCUCCAGUUGCAGCUGCUGUACAACCUGCUCUACAGUCCUCUGCCACACAGGCUACACCACAGACAGCUCAGACCACCAACAUGCAGCCACAGGCUACACCACAGCAUCACCAGCUCCUCGCGAAGCAGCAGCAAGCCUUCUUAAGUCUGCAGAGUAACCAGCAGCAUCAACUGGGUCCGAGCCUCCAUCACCAACAGCAGAAACAACAACCACAAAUAGCGUCUCAGGCAUCUACCCUGCUGCAGUCCAAAGCUAAACCUGUUCCUCCAGUUCUUACUCUGCAACUGCAAUACCAGCUGCAGCAUGUAGUCCAUGAAACAGCCGCUCCACAUCUCACACCCAUCCCUGAGUCUGCAGUGACUGGUCCUCCAACUGACCCAGAGAUGGCUGGCCGAGGGAAUAUCAGAGUUGGCUCUUUGACGCCCCCGUCGUCGCCAAAGAUGGCCCCCAAGAGUGGCCACAGACGCAUCCUGAGUGAUGUCACCCACAGUGCCGUGUUUGGGGUUCCAGUUAGCAAGUCCACUCAGCUACUUCAGGCGGCUGCAGCUGAGGCCAGCCUCAACAAGUCCAAAUCAGCCAGCACUACUCCUUCUGGCUCCCCCUGCUCGUCCCAGCAGAGUGUGUAUCAUCCAGGUGAAGGUGACGUCCCAUCGGCCCCCGCUGCACCCACCACUCUGCCCAGCUGGAACCCCUUUGGGGACGAUAACUUCUCCAAGCUGACGGCGGAGGAGCUGCUCAACAAAGACUUUGCAAAGCUAGCUGAGACUGCUGCCCCGGGGGAGAAGAUCACAGGCUCCAGUGAAAAUCUUAUUCCAGGGCUCACUGCUUUUCCAGAGAAGCUGAUUGAGGGACUAAAGUCCCCUGAAACUCUGCUGCUCCCUGACCUGUUAACCCCAGCUGACCCCUUCAAUAGCACUGCAGAGAGCUCCACCAAUGCAAUGGCAGAGGUGUGUGUGGAUUCCCUGAUUCCUGGUUUGGAAGCCCCCCAGGCUCAACGCCAUUCAAUCCAACCAGAGCUCAUCCCUGCCAGCAUUCCAGACUCUCUCACUGGGGAGGAAUCUCUGCUGGGUUGUGAUCUGUUAUCUCACUCUUCUCCUCACGGACACCAGUCUGUUUCUGCUCUCGCCACCUCCUGCUCCUCUACUCCUUCUGGCUCCAGCUCUGGAUCCUGUCUGGAGGAGCGGCCACCUGCUCAUUCAGCUCCUGACUCUGCUUUCCUCAUGUCGUGUGGGGAGAAGGGCAAUGAUGACGAGUUUGACCCUAUUCCCGUGCUCAUCUCCAAAAACUCAAAUCAAGGUGGUCACUCGCGCAGCAACAGUGGCAGUUCAGAGUCCAGCAUCCCCAACUUGGCCCGCUCCCUUCUGCUGGUGGAUCAGCUCAUCGACCUCUAGAGGGGGUGGGAGAGGUCGAAGGGGCAGUGUGCAAUCCUAACAAAGGGACAGGGGAGGGUCAGGGGAUAGAAAUGGGGGGAGCAGAGGCACUUAAUGUAGCACCUUAUGAAGGGAAACGGAGCCAGCAUAGAUCGGUUCAGUGGAACCGUUCUCUUUACUUGCCUCCUUGGCCUCCACUCCAUCUCUAGCUGCCUGAUAAGCUGGUUUCAUAUAUCUCUGCCUGCUGUUGACAUUCCCACGCUGGUUAAACAAAAUCUUCUCAUAAUUUCCUAAGCAUAUCAUCUGCCUCUGUUCUGGCUACACCAUGGUCUUCCUCAUGCUUUCCUCAUACAUGCAUUAAUAUCCCAGCACAGCCUUGGUGAUCAAUUGUCCUCGUCACACGUGUAAAAAUGCUUGAUCACAGCUGCGUUGUGCUCACUUUACUUGUUCAGGGUCAAAGCUUUAUUUAAACAAGCCACCUGCAGGCAUGCGCAUUUGUGUCAGGGGUCUGUCUAAAGAGUGCGGAGUGGAAAUAGACCACCUGGAUCAUUGGAUGCACAUUCCUAUGAAAGCUUUGAACCAAACAAGGCUGCACCCUGAGUGACGGCUGAGAGCUCUUUUCACUGAUUGAACCAGUUAUGGAGAAGGAAAUGUCAGCUCAGCGCCGUCUGUUCAGAUUUCUUGUGAAAGGAGAAGGAGGCUGCCUUUUUCAAAUAUUGUUGUUUGGACAUGAGCAAAUAGAGUCUGCGCCAUCUUAUCAAGCCAAAUCUCUGCUACUUUUCCCUUGUAUUGACCAGUAACCAGGGUUUUAACCGCUAUGUAUCUAAGCUAACUUAGUGCAUGUAUUAAGCUUCCUAAGCAGAGCUGUGUAUUCUGACCUCUUUCUGAAUACUAAACAGGGUAUAAUUUCUCCCAAAAAUAUAUCUUAACGUCUUGAAAUCCUGAGAAUGAAGAAGUCAGUGUUAACGAGGCUGAUCAACCGAGCUCGGUCACCACCGCGGGGUGCUUUCACUAUCAGCAGCAUAUAGUGAGACCAUUCAUGGUAUGCGUGUGUUAUAAAAUUACAUCUUUUAAUGUCCAGGGUCAUGAACUCCUCAUUAUAUCUUUGACCCAUUGUUAAGAUGAUUACAGCAGAUAAAUAAAAGGGAAUGAAAUGAUUCUAUGCCAAAGCUAACAGAAAGAUUUUAUUCAUAUUUUAGAUUUGUGUUGCUUUGCUCUCAGGAUCAGUGAAGACGAGCAGAUUUUUAGCAGCACGACACUGUUUAUAGAGAUUUAUUUUGUGUCUGUACUGUGCUAACAACCCAUCUCUUAUUGACAUCCCCUCUGUCUUAUGUAGCCAGUCCUUUCUUAUCACGUACUUUUAGGUCACUCGGCGAAUGUGACAUCGUUUUCUGCAAGAGGCGAUAUUCAGAAAAAUCCUUUACGUGUACAUAAAAUCUUUUUAUUUUUUAUUUUGCUCAUGUCAAAAAUGGUAAAAGUAGAUUGUUUUGUAGUCGUGUAAUAUUUAAAGGCAUCUCUUCUGUCAUGGUAUGAAUAAAUGUGACUUUUAUUCAUAGUGCUUUAGAUUAAAGGUAUGAACCAGUACCAUUAUAAAAUAUGUAAAAUAUAUAAGGAUAUAUAGAUUUAAAAAUAGUUUGUGUAUUUAUGAGUGCAAAUAUGUGGACCCCGUGUCCUAAGUCUUUUCUCCUCAUUCACAAACAUUCAGCUCGUGCUUUUGCUUUAGAUCUUGUCAUGGAUACAUGACACAAAGUGCUUAUGACUUACCUGACUGGGGUUAGUUACCGUAUAUUACUGAGAUAGAUUUGAUCUAAGACAGAGUUGAUGACGGAGUUGACUUCCUGAUAUCUCUGUUGCACCUUCAUUUGGCCGAUGAUCAUCAGACAUGGAAAAACAGCUGCAUACAUUAUAUUGCAUUACAUGUGAUCACAGCUGACCUUGCAUUGCAUCCUUAACAUAUAAUAAAUGGAUUUCUCUCGCCAAAGGAAGUUCAUUGUAUAGCUGCAAGUCUCUAUAUAAGGUCCAUAUCACCUUAUACGUGUACAUACAAACAGAAAACCCCUUUGCAAUCACUGGUGUAUGUGUUUGACAUGAAUAGUUCUCUCCACCUUAUCAUGCCUGUAUGACAUUGUAAAUUCACACACAUCAACAUUACUGUAAGAACUGACAUGGGUAAAUAGAAAUCCUUUUUUAUUUUUUAUUUCCCUCCAUCUUUAUUGGUUCAGUUAAGUCAUUUGCAUCUGUGUUGCUGAUCUAUGCAAUCCUACAACAUGCUUCAUGUUCUUAUCAGACACUACAGUGCUGUAUCCUGUAGACUUCUUGCCUUGGCCGUAGAGUUUUACUUGUGUUGCUGUGUGAAACUAAUGUACUUAACUGUGCUAGUGGGGUUGACGUGGUGACAGGCAUAUUGAUAACUCUGACUUGAUUUGGCUACGGAUGUCCACAUGUCAAAGCAGCAUCAUUAUCGAGUGUACACUUCUAUUUUUAUGAAUUAAGGUUCAAAAUGAGAGGCUCUGAAUAAAACUCAUUAAUGUGAAUGAAAA